AUGUCGGAAUCCAUGAAGGAUAAGACUGAUGAGAAAAUAGAUGUGUCCGUUGAAGAACCCAAGGAUAGGUUCCACGUCGUCUACAUAAUUUUCUUUUUUAUCGGCGUUGGAACACUCUUGCCUUGGAACUUUUUCAUCACUGCUGAUUCAUAUUUCAAAUAUCAAUUACGAAACAGAAGUCUGUUACCCACUGAAAAUCCUUUAGCACCGGAGCAUCGAACGGAGGAACAAAAACUAUUUGCUAACAACAUUGCCCUUUGUACAAUGAUUCCCCUAGCCUUUACAAACUUCGCAAACUUAAUUUUAAAAGAAUACCUAUCCGCCCGUAUAAGAGUAUUUUCCUGCAGCGUGUUAGUGUUAGCCAUGUUCACCAUCACAGUCGUCCUUACAAAAGUGGUUGUUGUAAGUGGUUUAUUUAGUCACAGCAUUUUGAACUCAGUCGGAAGUUCAAUUGUUCAGGGAAGCACGUAUGGCAUUUUAUCAAUGCUACCUGAAUCAAAUACUCGGGGAUUUUUAGAGGGACAGGCUGUUGCAGGCAUAACUGCUGCCGUGGCAAACUUAAUAACAAUAUCCGUUGCUGCAGACUUGACAAACGUCGGCUUAAUAUAUUUCCUCAUUGCGGUUUUCAUCAUUGCCCUCACACUUGUACUGUUUACCCUGCUCUUCCGCUCGACGUACUACAAAUUUCAUGUUAACCGAGCUAUGAGAAAAGUGGUGCAAACAGACCAGGCCCACGGAUGUACGCAACUGCGGAUGACGAUCAGAAACCUUUUUAAAGCCAUGUGGGACGUUCGCUUGACGGGAUUUUGCGCAUUUUUUGUAUUUGUGGUGACACUUGCAAUUUUCCCAAGUCUGCUCUUACUCGUUGUGCCAAAUGAUUACUCUAAAAACAGCCCGUGGAAAAGUACUUACUUCAUACCGGUGUCCGUGUUCCUAAGCUUCAACGUUAGCGAUUAUAUCGGACGGGCAAUGGUUGCGGCAUGCAAAUGGCCAAAGUUCUCGCAGAAGAAACUACUGCUUGCCAUUUGUAUCAUCCGUGCCGUGCUGGUUCCGUUUGCGAUGUUCUUUAAUCAACAGCCACGUCAAAACAUACCUGCCGUUUUCAUACACGAAGCCUUUCCAAUUAUACUCGUCAUCGUACUCGGCUUGUCCAAUGGAUAUCUCAUGUCCCUUUCUGUCACCUAUGCUUCUCAGUCUGCGCCAGAGGGUAGCCAGGAGAGCUGCGGUAUUGCAACGGCCACCUAUAUUUCCUUUGGUUUGUGUAUGGGAGUAGCCGUCUCCUAUGGUCUAGUGGCCGCAAUUUAA